AGUUUCACUGUAGCGCACGCGUAUACUCCCGAUUGAGUGGUUGUCAUAGGAACGAGGAAAGCCGAUCUGAGGAUUUGGGAUUAAAAAAAUCCAAUGCCCUUCUGACAACCACAGUCCAGAUCAUAGUGUUUACAAUAUCAAUCUUAACAUCAUCAUGUCCUCCGUUGCCCAGGAAAUAAAAGACACUUCUGUGGGUCGUUCCAAAUGGCUCGAUGCACACUAUGACCCAGUCGCCAAUCUAUACACCUUCACCUCUUGCAUUGCUCUUUCAGACUUGCAUGGAGAUGGUGACAAUAAGCUGGUGGUGGGUGAUCUUGGCACAGGGGUGUGUAACAUGAAGUUAAAGGUGUACCGUGGUACUGGUCUGUUGAGUGAGAGCACGCUGCUGGAUUUACCCACUGGCCUGGUCUCUUUUCUUAUGGACCUCCAUGAGCCCCGGACCCCAGCCAUCGCUGUGGCCUCUGGCCCCUUCAUCUAUGUCUAUAAGAACUUGAGACCUUACUUCAAGUUCACACUUCCUAGUCUGGAGGUGAACCCUCUGGAGCAGGAUGUCUGGAGUCAGGCUAAGGAGGAUAGGAUUGACCCAAUGACCCUUAAGGAGAUGUUAGAAGGAAUAAGGGACAAAGCAGAAAUUCCACUCUCUGUCAAAUCACUACGGUACCUCAUGCUUGAUCUACAGGAAAUGGAGGCUUUUGUUCAUCUUCACAAAGACCAGCCUAUACGCCGCCAGACGGUCAUUACCUGUAUAGGGACGUUGAAGAAGAACAUGGCAGAUGAUGAUGCAGUCAGCUGUCUGGUGAUUGGCACAGAGAAUAGUGAUAUUUAUAUAUUGGAUCCAGAGGCCUUUACCAUCCUCUGUAAGAUGUCUCUGCCCACUACUCCCACCUUCAUGGAUGUGACUGGUCAGUUUGAUGUGGAGUUCCGUAUCACUGUGGCCUGUCGCAAUGGCAACAUCUACAUACUGCGCAGGGACUCACCAAAGCCGAAAUACUGCAUUGAGCUGUCUUCUCAUCCAGUGGGGCUGGUGAGAAUAGGAAGGAAUGUAGUGGUGGGAUGUACUCAUGAGACGCUGCAUGGUUACACUCAAAAGGGGAAAAAACUGUGGACGGCCUAUUUGCCCGCACCUGUGACCACCAUGGCACUUAUGGACUUGCCCGCACGGGCGUUUCAGGCCGUGCUGGUGGCUCUGGCCAACUGUGAAGUACACAUGUACAGAGAUAAAAAUCUGAUCUGCACCAUCAAGACACCGGAUGUGGUGACAAGUAUUUGUUUUGGGCGUUAUGGAAGAGAAGAUGGCACUCUGCUAAUGACCACCAAAGGUGGAGGUCUGAUUGUGAAAAUCUUAAAGAGGACAGCUGUGUUUGAUGACAAAGACUCGGCCCCAGGCCCACCAAUUGCCCAGAGCAUCCGUCUGAAUGUGCCCAAGAAAACCAAGCUCUAUGUGGACCAGACCCUGAGAGAGCGAGAAAAUGCUGUUGCCAUGCACAGAGCUUUCCAGAUGGACCUGAGCAGGCUGCGUCUGGCUACGGCACGGGCCUACGUCAAAGCCCUCGAGUCCAGCCUCACACCUGUGUCGGAAAGCCCGACCGAGCCGCUCAAAAUGAACGCUGUGGUUCAAGGGCUGGGUCCAUCCUUCAAGCUCACUCUGAACAUUCAGAACACGGCAGCGUGCCGUCCCGUCAUGAACAUAGCCAUCAGCUUUCUGUAUGAUGAACAUUUGUACAGCAUGAAAACAGCCUUCUUCAAGAUUCCCCUGCUGGUUCCAGGGCUGAAUUACCCCAUCGACACUUUUGUCGAAUGCUUGAGUGACAAAGGGAUCUCUGACAUCAUCAAAGUGUUUGUGCUGAGAGAAGGAAGAAGUGCUCCUCUCCUCACUGCCCAUAUCAACAUGCCUGUGAGUGAGGGAUUUGCACUGAACUAAAAGAGUGAGAGAACUCUAGUUGAGCUUC